AUGCAUUCCAGGCCUCACAUUCUACAAAGGGGGAACAACCAUUAUGCCUUUGGGAAUGGUCGUUUUGGACCUAGGGUUAAGAACCAUUUAGAUAAAGCUUUUGAAAAAAAUGCCCCUGUUAAAAAGAUAAUUGAUUUGGGUACUCCUUCAAGUGGCUCUCCAUCAACUAUAGAUGCAUAUGAGAGGAUGUUUUCAACCAUUCCAAAGUGUGCAAGAUUUGGAAAGCUUUUCAAGAAUGUGGACCCUAGAACCUGUGAAGAGAAGAAAAAUAUAGAUUGUGUUGAUGAUGGAAUUCAGCCAAUAGAGACAAAUCAAAAGAGUAUGACUAAAGAUGGUGACAUCACUUCCUUGCUAAAGCUUCUUAGGAAAAAUAAUGAUGAAGAUGCUCGAAAACUAGCGGCAAAGACUUUGUUUGAUAGGCAAAUGUUGGAGGAUUACUUCAUUGGAUAAACCUUUCUUAUAAUGAUGAGGCUCUUAAAUAUUGUAGAAGUUGGAAAAUGCAUUUGUGUUUCUCUUUUCCUCCUUUUUUUUUCGAGU